AUGAAAUUCAAACCACUGGAGUUUCAAAGCUUGCCGGGAAUACAAGGAUUAAAAGGUCCUAUAGGACCGGUUGGUUCUACAGGUAAUAUCGGUUCCACUGGAAACACUGGUUUGUCUGGUGAUAGAGGUGAUACUGGCACCACUGGGAAUACCGGUGCCCCUGGCUCAUCAGGUACUCGAGGAGAACAAGGGUCUGCUGGAGCACAAGGAGUUCCGGGUUUUACUGGCAACACAGGUGCAUCAGGUCAGCAAGGAACACCAGGUCAGCGGGGUGAUCCUGGCCAGCCGGGUCUUAGAGGUCAGCAAGGGAACGUUGGGGGUACAGGUGCUACAGGAAAUAAUGGUAGACAAGGAGACGUUGGAUUGAGAGGUGAACCAGGAAUGGCUGGAUCUACCGGAAACACGGGACAAUCUGGAUCUCCUGGUCGUGUUGGGGACCCUGGUGUCAUGGGUCAAAAUGGUCUACCAGGUGAAAAAGGUCUGACUGGAUUGCCAGGAUCCACAGGAGCAACUGGAUUAGUAGGAGAUCCCGGUCAAACUGGUUUCAUUGGUAAUUAUGGACCAGUUGGUAAUACUGGCCUCGCUGGAGCAACAGGCGAUAAAGGUUCCGUAGGUGAUACCGGACCUAGAGGACAAACAGGAAACACUGGAUUUCAAGGAUCGACUGGGGAAUCUGGUUCAGUAGGUUCGAGUGGUGCACUAGGAGCCAUCGGUCCACCGGGGGCGACUGGUUUAUCUGGUGAAUCCGGGACACCUGGUAGUACUGGACCACCAGGAGAGCCAGGAGUAUCCGGAUUACCAGGUGUUUUUGGAGUAAUUGGUCCUUCAGGAUCAGUUGGGGCCACUGGGAACACUGGAGUUAUAGGAGCUGUUGGUGUGAUGGGCAACCCAGGAUUACCUGGAGAUACUGGAAAUCCAGGGAUAAAAGGAGAAGAUGGACCUGUUGGUUUCCCGGGUCAAGAUGGUCUCCAAGGUUUAGCAGGACCAAUCGGUUUUACAGGUAAUAGCGGCUCUACGGGUUUCCAAGGUCCAAGAGGAGCAGUUGGAUUAAAUGGUAAUCCGGGUAACACAGGCAACCAAGGUUCGAUGGGUGCAACAGGCCCAGUAGGACCGAAAGGUGAAAUUGGAGGAAUUGGGAAUACAGGAGCUCCAGGUGACACCGGUAGCAUUGGAUUACCUGGAUACGUAGGACUUAAUGGGGCAAGAGGUAUACCAGGAUCAACUGGAUCAACUGGAUCUACCGGUUCACAAGGAAACACCGGAUUUAAUGGAAAUCCUGGAUCACAGGGAGACAUAGGACCAUUAGGAAAUACAGGAGAUACCGGUUUAUCAGGACCGGCUGGAGAUCCUGGCUACCCUGGAUUUCCUGGUCCUGUUGGAGCAAGGGGUGAUAAUGGAACUGUUGGGGACACGGGAUCUACUGGACAAAAUGGUAUACGAGGAGUAAAUGGUCCUCCUGGUCCUAGCGGGCUUCCUGGUCCUGUUGGACCACAAGGAGUUCGGGGACCUAAAGGAUUACCUGGAAAUCAGGGAUUGAGUGGAGAACAAGGUGUGAGUGGUGAUACUGGUAACAUCGGUCCCACUGGCUUUCCUGGACAGAGAGGAGAUUCUGGAGAGUUUGGAAAUACAGGUAUCUCAGGUCUACCGGGUCCCACUGGAUUGCCUGGUAAUAGAGGUGAACAAGGUACAAUUGGUCCUAUUGGUUUUAAGGGUGUUGCAGGAAAUCCAGGCAUCAAAGGACUUCCCGGUCCAAAUGGUCAACUUGGUUUUCCUGGUUCUCUUGGAGCCACCGGUAGUUCUGGAUCUACUGGUUCAACUGGUCUCCCUGGUCCAAUAGGACCUGUAGGUGCGCGAGGAUCACCCGGAUUACCUGGACCCACAGGAAAUGCUGGUAAUACUGGAUCAGUAGGAUUCCAAGGACUGAGAGGAGAUCCUGGACAAGUAGGACCGGUCGGAGAUCAAGGUCCAAAUGGUACUGUCGGAAAUCCAGGACCUAGAGGCGAAACGGGUUUUCCUGGUAAUAUGGGUUCAACUGGAAGUACUGGUUCUACAGGUAACUCGGGCCAACAAGGCGAUAUUGGUAAUCCUGGAGCCACUGGUUUCACAGGAUUAAGGGGAGAGGCAGGUACUCUUGGAGUUUCAGGAAUAAAAGGGGACAUGGGCAUGCCUGGUUAUCCAGGUUUGCCAGGUGAUGCAGGGUCUAAAGGAUCUCCGGGUGAUUCAGGAGCACCAGGUCUGCCGGGAUUUGAUGGCCCGCGUGGGCUUUCUGGUGAAAUGGGUGUUCCUGGGAAUACUGGUUCGACUGGUGCCACUGGAUUAAAUGGUGAUCCUGGAAACACUGGAAAUACAGGAUUAAUUGGAAUAAAAGGAUCUACUGGUAAUACAGGAGAUGUUGGUCGAAUUGGAGAUCCUGGGUUCGCUGGUUCAAAUGGUCAGGGAGGAGCGCGGGGUGUUACGGGCUUACCUGGUCCAACGGGCACUUCAGGAAUAAUUGGAGAAACUGGACCAAUUGGUAGCUUAGGAUUACCAGGACCUCCAGGAAAUACUGGUCAAAGUGGUUCUAUUGGCGUUCCAGGAGGUUUUGGAUUACCUGGUCUUCCAGGAUUGCCUGGACCAAAUGGAACAGCUGGACCUCAGGGUAACACUGGUAUAAAUGGACCACCAGGAAUUAGAGGACCAUAUGGUCCUCCUGGUAAUACAGGAAAAACCGGUGCUACGGGAUCUCCUGGGAUAAUGGGGCCAAUUGGACCCAAAGGUCUACGAGGUGAAUCAGGUGUUCCAGGAGCAACAGGCGCAACUGGUGUGUUUGGACCUGUUGGAAGUAUUGGAGUUGUUGGACCUUUUGGAGCUACAGGUUUACCUGGCCCUCAAGGUCCAGCUGGAUCACCGGGUUUUCAAGGUGUACGAGGGCUUACAGGACUUCAAGGAUUACCUGGACCAGUAGGCCUUAUAGGAGCUGUAGGAGAUCCUGGGCCAUACGGUCCAGUAGGAGAUACCGGUGCAGCAGGUUUUAAAGGAAAUACUGGGUUUGUUGGAUUAGUUGGUCCCCGCGGUUCAACUGGUUUAAUUGGACUGCCGGGUCCCGUUGGAAAUACAGGACCUCAAGGUCCAAUUGGAAAUAUUGGGAGAGUUGGAGAUCCUGGUCCAAGAGGUGCUACAGGACCAGCUGGUGAUCCAGGUUUCACUGGAUCACCUGGACCAAUAGGUCCGCGAGGACCUAUGGGGCCCGUAGGUCCGGCUGGUGUUAAUGGUACAAUUGGUGCUCCGGGAAAUGUAGGACCUGAAGGACCUAGAGGUUUAAUGGGUGAGCGGGGUUUAAUUGGAGAUACAGGUAAUAUUGGACUUUUGGGACCAACUGGAUUGAAAGGAGAUCCUGGUAGUCAAGGCUUCACAGGUAGUACUGGUAUUACGGGUGUUCAAGGUACUCAAGGAUAUCAAGGAAGACAAGGGCCGCCGGGUCCGGUUGGCUUAACUGGAGUUCCUGGACCUGCAGGAGUUAGAGGAGAGCCUGGAUACCCUGGUUUGAGCGGUGAACGUGGAGCCACAGGUAUGAGAGGAAUUACAGGUGCUGUUGGUGACCAAGGACCUGUAGGUCCUAUUGGACCAGAAGGUAAACAGGGAUUGAAAGGAGAGGAGGGCCCUCCAGGUACUGGUCCUGUUGGUCCUAUUGGACCUCAAGGGGUAAGAGGAUUGUAUGGGCUACCUGGAAAUGAAGGUAUUACGGGUGCUACUGGUCCUAAAGGAUCAGUUGGACCUGUUGGAGCAGUUGGGGUAUUAGGAGGUACUGGUCCCAUUGGGCUAAAUGGUACCGGAGGGUAUGUGGGAAAUAUUGGAGAUCCUGGUCCUAGAGGUGAUACUGGACCUCCAGGCCCAAUAGGACCUAUUGGUGGGUUAGGUCCGCGAGGUUUUAUUGGUCCUCCAGGUGCAACUGGUCCAGUUGGUUUACCUGGAAAUACUGGUCCAGAAGGAUUGCGUGGCCCUAAUGGUCAAAAUGGUAUCAUUGGUCCAAUAGGACCUUCAGGAAACACGGGAAUUACGGGUCCAAUAGGUCCUAAAGGUAUAAAAGGAGAUACGGGAACAGAGGGUCCUAUAGGAAAUAAUGGAUCUGUUGGUUUAAAAGGAAUAAUUGGAGAAUACGGACCACCUGGUAAUCUCGGUGUAAUUGGUCAACCAGGGCCAAUUGGUCCGCCUGGAUCUCCUGGAUAUGUAGGUUUGCAAGGUGUACCCGGAUCAAAAGGACCAACUGGUGAAAAAGGAGAUAAAGGAAAUGUUGGACUGGAUGGACCUAUUGGGCCUCCUGGUCCUCUUGGAUCUAGUGGUGCCAUUGGUCCAAAGGGAGAAAAAGGCAUUCCAGGUCCUGUUGGUCCUCCUGGUGCAAUCGGAGCUACGGGAAAUGUCGGUGACACUGGUUUACAAGGGCCCGUUGGACCAAGAGGUGAUAUAGGAUCUUCUGGCAACACUGGUCCUCUAGGCCCGGUAGGUGCUACAGGAUAUAGAGGUCCAGUCGGACCUUUAGGUCCUGCUGGAAUGCCUGGUCUAGCAGGAUUGCCUGGAAAGCCUGGUGCCAAUGGUACUGCUGGGCAACCUGGAUUGCCCGGUCCUUCUGGGGUUGAGGGUCCAGUCGGCAUAAAGGGAUCAACUGGUGAAGUUGGACCACUUGGACCCUUUGGAGAUUAUGGAAAGGUAGGUGUUCCGGGUCCAAAUGGAGCAACAGGUCAAACGGGAUCACCUGGUGAGUAUGGUGCAAUUGGACCUGUUGGACCAAGAGGAGAUACCGGUUCUACUGGCGUUUCUGGUCCGCCAGGGCAACCUGGACCUACUGGUUUAAGAGGUGAAUCAGGUCCUGUAGGAUCCACUGGUUCUACGGGAAACAAAGGAUAUCCAGGAGCAGCUGGUCAACAAGGUCUAGGUGGAACAUCGGGAUUACCUGGACCUCCGGGACCAAUUGGAAACCCUGGUUAUCAAGGUCCAUCAGGUCCAGCUGGAGGUACUGGUAAUACCGGUCAAACUGGUUCUUAUGGAGAAAUUGGUCCAGUAGGACCUCCAGGAUAUCCAGGAAUUGUGGGACCAGUUGGACCUGCUGGACGACAAGGUGAUACUGGGGCACCAGGCUGCCAGGAACUAUUUGGCAAGCCUGGUUUUUUAGAAGUUGCUGGUAACACUGGGGGUACUGGUCAACCAGGACAACCUGGUAGCCAAGGUGCUCAAGGUUUGCAAGGCGAUACCGGUUCGUCAGGGCCAGUUGGACCUGCUGGUCAGGUGGGUCAACUCGGUGCUAACGGCAUCCAAGGAUCCACAGGAGCUACAGGAUUAAGAGGGAAUCCAGGUGAUAACGGAACAAUAGGCAACCAAGGAAGGCCAGGCAGUCAGGGAGUACAAGGUCAGCAAGGAGCAACUGGAAACCCCGGUAAUACAGGGUACCAGGGCGCCACAGGUUACGUGGGAGCGAGAGGGCAGGUCGGUUUUACAGGAUCGUCAGGAUCAGCAGGGAACACCGGCUCUACAGGACCUGUUGGUCAAGUUGGAUAUACUGGUUCGACUGGCAAACGAGGAAACGUUGGAUCGACUGGUUCUACUGGGAUUGUGGGUGACACUGGGAGUACAGGUCCUAGAGGACCUCUUGGUGUUGGAUUCCAAGCCCUUCAGUACAUUUUAGAUGAUAAUUAUGCACAAUCGGUUCAACAAAUUAAAGACCUCGAACAAACAACAACUUAUUUUACUACGAUCAGUGUAAUUUUAUUCGUUUGGGUGGUUCUGCUAACGAUCAUGAUUACCGUAAUGGCUGUUAUAGUGGUGACGAGGUUCAAAAGGCUGACUCUCAAGAAACAGCAGCUGACUGAAAAGCAUAAUGAAAAAUCAUUCAACCAACUGAAGUCAAUUGCUCAAAAUGAUAAAAUUUUCAAGAGCCGAAAUACAAAAUUAAACUCUUUGAAGAAACUUUUCCAAUCAGAGAAAAUCAUCGAAAAUGUAAAUGUGUCAAUCGACGAACCAAAUUUAACAAUCACCUCACCAAGGGUCGAUACUAACAUCAGCCAGCCCGUAACGAAGAUAGAAAAUGAUAACUUUAUUUUUUUCAGAAGGAAAACUCCGCCUCAAGAAGGCAUCAUUAUUGAGGAUCAAGGUGUUUCGGAGUUGUGAAAUGUUCGGAAGGCUUCAUACUCGAUGAAUAAUAAAAUUUAUUUAUAUUCGCUGGCUUACAGAAAAUUAUUUAUUUUUUAUUAAGUUAUGUCCUGCAUGUUGUACGCUGUUUUAUAAUUUAUUACGUGCGUUCUCAACUCUUGUAUUGCGUGAAUUCCACAUGUUACAUAAUCUAUCACAAGUAUUCAUAAUAUGCUCUGUUCGAAUCGUUCCACUUUCUUAUUGAUGUGACGACGUGUGCAGAUGAUGUUUGAGAAUUUAGAUUCGAUCAUUUGUUUUCUUCUCUCUCUAUCUCGAGUUGUUAUUUUGUUCACUAAUAUGUUUAACUAAUUUUCUUUCAGAAUUUAUUUAUUAAUUAUGCAUCAUGAUAAACAAAGCAAUAAAAUAAAACUAAAAUAUA